UAGAAUUAAAAUACGACCAUGUUCAACUAAGUAGUUCAUGGCCGACGAUCUUGAUGCAACGAACCAGAUCCAGAAUUGCGCGGGGGGAUGCACAUGUCGACGGAAGACACGGCGCGGCCCACGCAGGCGGCCACGGCGAACCCAACGUCCACAAAUGGAGAAGAGGAACCGUUGCUGUCGGCGCAGCCGGCUCCGACCGUGGUCACGAACAAUGACGGGCGGACCUGGAUUGACACGAAUCCAUUGAGCCGAUGGAUUGUGUCGCAAUGGGAGGAAACGUACGAAUUCGAGGCGUUGUGUGUCGAAACGACGCGCAAUGCUCUCGGCAUCCCGUCGUACUCAUGGAGAGGUCUCCCCCUUCUCUACGCCGCGAUGAUCGUUGGCAUUGCAAUCGCAGUCGUUGUGGAUGGACUGACGUACAAGGAUGACAAUGAUGAUGACGACGACGACAGCGACCGCAAGUCCAAGUCGUGGCAGCGCCACCCGUCCUCCACCGACUUGUCGGACAUGAUCCACCAGUACACUUGGUAUCAUGUGCUCGUGGCCGUGCUUGUCUUCAACGCAUGCUACUCCCUCGCCGCGUACCGGGCAAACUUGAACGGGUGGCGCCUUUUCCUCCAACGCUGCAAGGAGGUGUGCAUCGUUGUGGCGCAGGUGUUGUUCUUCCUCAAUAUCUUUGGCACGGUCCAUGUGUCGUGGAUGUGGGUGGCAGCACCCGUUAUCGUGUGGACGCUCCUCCUGGUGCUGCGGUUGCAGUGGCAGGCACUCGUAGGUCUGACUGCGAUCUUGGCGGCGUUCAAGCUCUCGAGCGCCGCCGCGGACGCCCAAUGGACGUGGACAAUGGUGUUUACACCGAUUUGGGUUCUGCUCGUGUGCAUUGCGUCGCUGGUACGUGCUGGUGAUUCUACUCUUCAUCAUGGUAAAAGUAGUGGCUGCUUUUGCGCGAGAAAGGUUCGUACGUCGUUCGAGGCUACUGGAUCCCGCAAGUGUUUGCAUUCUUCUUUGUCGCCGUGCCAUGGGUCAUCAAAAUGCAAGUCUUCCCUCAAGUCGACAGCCACUCGCCUCCGUCUGCGAACGCGACGGCGGGCGGCCCCGGGCAAGACGUGGUCGUUGUAGACGACAGCAACGACGACAACUGGUUUGCAUUUCGGUACUGGUGGCUCCUCCUCGUGUGGGUCCUUCCACCAAUCUUCUUCCUCGCGCAUAUGCUCAUUUCAGUACGUGCUGCGCGUGUGGAUGGAUCGUCGUGACGGGCACCGUGCAGACCUUGUACGCAAGCUUCCAGCGCGCCCAAGCGAUGGACAGGCAAGCCGAACUUCAACGACGAGAUGCAUUCGGGUGGAGACAGUCCCAAGCCAACGAAUCUGCGCUCCAACAGCCCACGAACGCAUCCAGCGCUGUCUAGUCAUCGGGUUUGUGUGGUGCAGCGCAGUUGGAGGCUCUCGCAAUCCACGUCGAUCGCGCCAUGUCCAUGCAUGUCGCCCGUGCUGCACGACUUGAAAGGGGCACACUGACUAUGGUCGACAUUAUCGAUGAGCCGACGGAUAAUUCUAUUACUUAAUAGAGUUCGAAUCAACAGAUCAAGAAGCGUAUGAUCCUCUUGCUUUUGAUAUCACCUGAAUCAAAAUUGAAUACUACAUUACCAAGUAUAUUAAAAUAAAAAGGU